AUGGCACGAAUGCAAGAAUCGCAUGAUGAUGUUGAUGAAGAAAAUAUUCUUUCUCGAAAUAAUUUAUCAUUAUGUAAAGCUAAUUAUUUUGAAACAUGUUGGUGUAAAUUAAAUUCAACUGAACCAGUAACAUGUCCAUAUCUAUUACGAUAUGUAGUUUCAUCUUCAAAUUCAUCAUAUUUUUGUGUUUAUCAUACAAUUCGAAAAGUUAUUGAAUGUUUUAAUUCAACAUCAAUUUUUUCAAAAAUUGAUUCAAUUUCAAUAAUUUAUAUUUAUUUAACAAUAUUUAUAUUUACAAUUGGUUUUAUUGGAAAUGGAUUAUCAAUAAUAAUUUUAUUCAAUAAAAAAUUACGUUGUUUAGGUGUUUAUCGUAAUUUAACUAUUCUUUGUACUUUAAAUAUUUUCUAUUUAUUGGCAAUAUCAAUUCGUCAUAUAAAUACUUAUAAUCGAGAUUUACGUCAUAUUUCACCACAACUAUGUCGUUUACAUACAUUCAUUGUAGCAUUUACUGGACAUCUUUGUUCAUGGCAACUUGUUUCAACAAGUAUUCAACGUGUAUAUGCAUUACUUAGUUUAGAUUCUCAUCGAACAAAAUCAUGGACACCAACAUUGGUUAUUCUUAUAAUUUGUAUUAUUCUACCAUUAUUUAUUUUUGAUGCUCAAAUAUUAUUUAAUUAUGGUAUUCUAUAUAAACAUCAUAUGUGUGAUGAUAGAUCAACUGAACAAUCUAAACAAUUUCAACGUGCAACUAAUAAUCCAAUAAAUAAUAUAAAAUCUUUAAAAAAUAUUUCUAUUAUUUAUCAUAAAAAAUUCUUUCUAACUCAAACAAGCAAACCUAUUCAAUGUACUGUUUGUUUUCUAUGGAAUAUUAUUGAUACAUUUAUUUAUGCAAUUAUUCCAUUUUUAAUUAUAUUAACAAGUAGUAUAAUAAUUAUAAUUAAAAUAAAUGAACGACGUCGUUCAAUGGUUAAUAUUGGUGGAAAAUGUCAUACAAAUCGACGUAUUCUUUCUGCACAAGAUAAUUCAUCAAUAUUAUUAAUAGUAAUAAAUUGUCUUUUUUUAAUAAUGACAGGACCAUUUAAUAUUAGUCUUAUAAUUCAAUCAAUUUCAAAUUAUUUUUUUUUAAAAUCAUUAUCAAUAAAAUUUUUUUUACAAUUAAAUCAAUGUUUACGUUUAAUUCAAAAUUCUUAUCAUGCAUUAUCUUUUAUAUUUUAUUGUGUUAUUGGUAAAAAAUUUCGAAGUUCUGCAUGGUCUUUAUGUCAAUCAGUUUGUUGUAAAUCAUUUUCAGUUGCUUUUAGAAAACGACGAUCUCAAACAUCGAUUAUUUUACGUUAUUUCACACGAAAACGUUUUAAAAGUAUUGUAACUACAAGAUCGACAAGUACAAAUGAUGAUAAUAUAAAUAUAUCGAAUUCAUCGAAUAUAAAUUUAAAUAUACGAAAGCCUUGUACAACAUAUGGUUCAACUCAAAAAAGAGGAAAAAUAUUUAAAACGACUGUACAAUAA